CUGCCGACGAGUUUAGCGCUCACAAAUCUGCGACCGUCGCAGCGACCUGGCCGGAGCGACUUGUUGUUUCCUGUUGGCGCUUUCGCAGUGCGUGGGCGCGGGUGCCGGCUACUUCGGGACGAGCGGGUCUCUGGGAGCUGGACGCCUGCCAUCCCCAGGAGUCGGCAACAAGGCUUCGAGGGGGUCGGGGUAGGCACGUCACUCCGCACGGCACGCCCACUACACAGUGCUCACCCUGCUCGCCCCUACACUACGCUAUCUACGGGGCUCCCGAAUUGCAACACAACACUCGACGCCGCACUCGACUUCGCACGUCCCCCUAGGAUGUCCUCAGCUCUUGCUGUUUUCUGCGCCGUCCUGGUCGCCGCCUACGGCCUGUCCGCGGCCGCGAGGACGCCGCCGGACGACAUCUCCACCUCCUCCCCGUUCGCCCUGGCGGCGCUGGGCCCGCUGGGCGCGGCGGGCGCACGCCGCGGGCCCCCGGUGCAGCGGGACUACAUCGUGGGCGGCAGCGACGCGCGGCCCGGCGAGUUCCCGCACCAGGCCUCCAUGCAGGUGGUGCUGCCCGGGUGGCUGCCCUGGUGGGACGCGGCCCCGCAGCACCUGUGCGGCGGCGCGCUCGUCGCAGCUCGGUGGGCGCUCACGGCGGCCCACUGCGUGCUCGGCGUGCCCGCCGAGGCCAAGCGGGUCGAGGUGGUGCUGGGCGUCACCCGGCUGUCUGCCGCGCGCUGGCCCUGGUCCUGGUGGGGCUCGCACCAGCGCAUCCGCGUCCGGGACAUGCUGGUCCACGAGGAGUACGUCCGCGGCAUCCACCCGCACGACAUCGCGCUCCUCGGGCUGUCCGAGGCCGCCGUGGAGUCGGAGGCGGUGCGGUUCGCCAGGCUGCCCCACGCCUACGAGGCCCCCGCCGGCGUCGCCUCGCUAUCCGGGUGGGGCAGCACCAGCGAGGACGGCGACCAACCCGUGUACCCCGACAAGCUGCAGAGGGCCGACUUCCCCGUCAUCGACUACGCGGCCUGCCGGGCCUUCCUGGACCGUAUCAACCAGGGCCGCUACAACCCCCUGGACCCCAGCAUGCUGUGCGUCGGCCACCUGGACGCGGCGCACCUCGGCUCCUGCAGCGGUGACAGCGGUGGGCCUUUGGUCCAGCGCCAGGACGCAGACGACGACCAGGCGCCGCAGACCCUCGUCGGUCUGGUGUCUUGGGGCCUCACAGACUGCGGCAGCCAGCCGUACCCGUCCGUACUCACCAGCGUGUCACAGCACAUGGACUGGAUCACCAACAAGACGCAGCAGUAUGGCAAACAAGCGUAAAGAAUGAAAUACAACUUAAUUUCUGUGCCGCAUUAGUUAAAA